UGUGGUGACACUGGCUGCCAUUCUUGUUGGUCGGGGUUGAAUGCAGAGCGAAGCAGCGCCUUAGUGAAAUAAAAAGCAGUGAAAAUGUGUAUUAAAUAGUGAAAAAUAUUAAUGAAAGCAAUAUGCAAAUGCUACAAAGUGUUCAUGUACUCCUUUGUUAGUUAUAAAAUUGGCUGCAAAGCUAUGUGCAACAGUGGAAACGGCAUAGACUCCACCCAGCGCACCGCUUGCAACAAAUACCUAUGAAUGUGCUGCGAACACACACACACGCGCAUACAAAGAAAAACACAUACAUGUAUAUGCAUAUGGGAAAAACCUGCCGUAAUUACAGUUAGACAGUAAAAUAGCCAGCGCGGUCAGUUAAUUAGGCUACAAAGCGAGUUUCAGGUGUUGACGCCCACGCACGGACGCCAACAAUUGCAAUUUUUGUUGUUUGCUUGCAAUGGAAAACGAAUCCGUCAAAUCGGAACAUAGUGGACGCUCGCGACGCUCUCGCAAUCACAACAACAAUAGUGGGGGAGGGGGAGGAGGCGGAGGUGGUGGUGGCGGAGGCGGAGGCACCGUUAACAACGGAUAUCACAGAGAUCGCUCAAGGCACUCACAUCGGAGCACCCAUUCCUCGAAAUCCGGCAAAGGGCGCAGCGAUAUGGCGCCCUAUCAAACAAGUGUUAAUAUGACAGGUGACGAUUCUCGCGAUGGCCAGGAGGUGAUUGAGGUGCAGAUAUUGCCACAGGAUGAGAAUUGGGGUGAGAAUACAACGGCUGUCACGGGCAACACCUCGGAGCAAAGCAUUUCCAUGGAGGACAUCAACAAUAUGUGGCACAGGGAGAAUGAGAAAGGAUUCGGCUUCGCUUGUCGUCGCUACGUGGAAUCAACAUUCUACUUCCUGCUCGGCUGUGGCGCAUUCUUCUCGCCCGUCGCCAUGGUCGUGAUGCCAUACAUUGGCUUCUUUCCGUCGGCCUUCGAUCAUCCGGAAUUGACCCAGACUGUGCGCACACAGCUGCUGGCAUGCAGCGAGCAGUGCAAGGGACAGCUCGUCUCGCUGGCCGCUCGACUGCUGUUGCUAGCCAUUGGAUUGUGGGCCCUGUUCAUGCGUCGCACAGCGGCCAGCAUGCCGCGGAUUUUUCUGUAUCGUGCGAUCGUGCUGCUCCUGGUCACCAUUUGCACCUUUGCCUAUUGGCUCUUCUACAUUGUGCAGGUCACGAACAGCGCCAAGAUUGUGGUGGAAACCGGCGGCGAUACUGUUGACUAUAAAUCGCUAGUUGGCUAUGCGACCAACUUUGUGGACACGCUGCUCUUCAUACACUAUGUGGCGGUUGUCCUACUGGAGCUGCGCCAUCAGCAGCCAUGCUAUUAUGUUAAGAUCAUACGCUCCCCAGACGGCGUUUCGCACUCGUAUAUGCUUGGCCAGCUGAGCAUUCAGCGUGCUGCCGUGUGGGUGCUGCAGCACUACUAUGUGGACUUUCCCAUCUUCAAUCCGUAUCUGGAGCGCAUACCCAUAUCAAUAUCGAAGUCGCAACGUAACAAAAUCUCGAACAGCUUCAAAUACUACGAGGUCGAUGGCGUCAGCAACUCGCAGCAGCAGAGCCAGAGUCGAGCUGUGCUGGCGGCAAAUGCAAGACGUCGCGACUCCUCGCACAACGAACGCUUCUACGAGGAGCACGAGUACGAGCGGAGGGUCAAGAAGCGACGCGCACGCCUUAUCACAGCCGCCGAGGAGGCCUUCACUCACAUCAAGCGCAUACACAAUGAACCAGCUCCCGCCUUGCCCCUGGAUCCCCAAGAGGCAGCUCAGGCGGUGUUUCCCUCGAUGGCUCGCGCUCUGCAGAAAUAUUUGCGUGUCACACGGCAGCAGCCAAGGCACACCUUUGAGAGCAUACUCAAGCAUCUGGCGCACUGCCUCAAGCAUGACUUGUCGCCGCGCGCCUUCCUGGAGCCUUAUCUGACCGAAUCGCCAGUCAUGCAGAGCGAGAAGGAGCGUCGCUGGGUGCAAUCGUGGUCACUGAUUUGUGACGACAUCGUCUCGCGCCCCAUUAGCAACGAAUGCACGUUCCAGUUGAUACAGAACGACGUCUCCCUGAUGGUCACCGUGCACAAGCUGCCCCACUUUAACUUGGCUGAGGAGGUAGUCGAUCCCAAGAGCAAUAAGUUUGUAUUGAAGCUCAACUCAGAGACAUCUGUAUGACACCAGCCACAUCAGCAUCAUCAGCAACACCAUCAACAGCAGCAGCAAAGAACUCCUCCUUUGAUAACGCCCACGCACAGCAAUCAAACGCAAUCAUCGUAUUUGCAUGUGUUCGUCUGAUACUUUACAUCCACAUACCGAUAUUUAAUAAUAUUUGAUUAAUAUUUUAUACAAGUUUAUAUAAAAUUUAAACAGCUGCUGCUAAAAUUUAUAGAUUUUAUAUAAGAAAUUAAGGCUUAGCAAUUUAAAAGGUUUUAUAUUUAGUUUGUAACAUUUAUUUUAAUACUCUAACUUUCCUAUAGGUAAAAGCUGCUCAAAUGUUUUUCAAUUUAUGACUUUUAUACUCACGAAAGUGAAAUGAGUAUAUUGUUUUCAUGUUACAUUAAUUUGAUUUAACAUUCAUGCAGCUUUUUCUCACAUUUUCAACAUUAAAUUUUAUCAAGCUCUCAUUGCUCUAUUUUAUAACUUGAGCUGCUACCUGUAUCUCAUUGCAUAUGUCUUUUCUUUCGAAUUAUCGCUAUCUCAUCACCAUAUAUCCAUUUUCAAUUUCUAGUCUCCAAUAUUUCGCCUACUGAAAUCAUGACAUUCCCUCUCUUUAGAGCUGAGGCCCUGGCCAUAUCUCUCUCAUUACAUUCAGCUACAGCUUCGAGGCGAAGGCUGGUUCGUUGUUUGCUCCUCGAAGUCUCAGUUCGUCCUCUUUCGAAAGUAACCUAGUAAUUAACUUCCCGGCAGCUCCUUUUUAGAAGUUAUAUAGUUAGAGCUAAGCAAUAUCAUUUUAAGGUAUUUAACUCCGAUUCAAUUCGAAUUCAGUUUAGAAACAAUACUCUCUCUUCAAAUGUUCAAAAUUUUUGUUUUAUUCUGAUUUAUUUUAAUUUAAGUUGUAUUUAGUUUUCAUAUAUUUACAUUUGACUUAAUUUUAAAUUUUUGAUAUGGUAGGUCUGAUGAACAAUUUGAUCCGAAACUUUUGAUAGCCCAGUGAAAAUAUCCUAAACUCAACGCACACAUAUCGAACGUCCCAUUGAAACGACUUCAACAAGUUCCCAAAGUAUUAAGCAUAAGUAUUCCAAAUAAGAGAAAAACAAUCUAAGAAUGCAGCUAAACGAUUUUUAAAUGAUUUUUAUAAUUUGUAGAAAAUAUUUAUAAACUAUAUAUACUUGUAUGUAUAAGUAAACCAUGGUCCCUAAAAGUAUAUACCUAUGCCUAUAUACGCUGGUUGUGGGUCUAAAAAUGAUAUAGGACUUGCGCUUAGAAUAUGUCUUAAAAUAAUACUCUAGGCGCGAUUCCGAUAUAUAUUUAUAGAGGUAUACAUGAAACAUCAACUAAAACUCGAACAUAUCUAUAGAGGAUAUAUAGUAUAAAAAGCUGCACUAUAUUUCGAAUGUAACUCGUGACAAAUACAUAAACUUAAGCAAGAGACUGCUAACAAGCAUUUUACGAUAUCGCCAAUGCAUAUAUACAUAUAUAUACACAUAUGUAAUACAUAGAGCUAUCUCUAUUUUUCAUAUAACCUGUGCAUAGCAACCUACUAAAAGCACAAUCUUUGAGUGUAAGAGCUAACAAUGAAAACUGAUAACACUUUAUAUAUAUACUAUAUAUAGAAUGAUAAGUUUUAGCAUCCCAUUUAUUACAUACAAAUAUGUCCAUUUUAUAUAAGCUAGCAUACUUUGCCUUGUUUUUGCCUCAACUUUUCAUUUCAUUUUCUAGCUAAAUGCUUUUUUAUCGCGACUUUUAAACAGAAUAUGCAUGCAUACAUACAUAUAUGUGUAACCGAUAUGCAUUUCAAUAUUUAUAGAUAUUUUAUAAACAAUCAAAUGCUGUAUAAAUAAAUUGCGAAAAAUUACUUUCGAAUGAA